AUGUGGGAUGGAGCGCUUUUGGCUACGCGUCAAAUGAUUGAAACAAUCACCCAGAGUUUAGAGAUAUAUUGGAUAUCGAUGAACCGUUUGUUCGAUAAAAAUACAAGUGACGACGAUCUAGUGUCCCAAGAUAAUUUGUCUAAUGAUGAUUCUGAGAAUACAAAGGAUGAGGAUGAUAUAGAGUGCGAUAGUGAUGAACAGAAUAAGUUACUGAUAAGUUACGGAGUCCGCGGCAGUCGCCGUCUCACAGACGGCAGCACAGUUCUUCUUCCUAACAUGAAAGAGAUAGAAGAAAGGGUAAAAGGAGGAACAAUAAGAGCAUCCGACACAUUUCCAGGAGAUAGGCAUCUAAUUGAGCUAUGGUCACAAGAUUCUCCCAAGCUUGAGAAAGACUACAUUCCCCACCAUGGUAACAUUUUCGAUAGGCGGGACCAAAACUUCGCGAUUCGCUACGAGGGCAUUACGUUCCGGGACAUCCUCUUCGACUCAGGGUAUCGAGGAGGAGGUCUAUAUGUCAUUGACUCAGCUAGAAUUCGUAUAACGAGUUGCUUUUUCGUUCACUUUAGUACGGAAGGAGUUCUCGUUCAGAGAGGCCACGAGACUUUUAUAUCAGACACUUUCCUAGGGCAACAUCCUACUAUUGGCGGCGAUAGAGGUGAGAGGGAUUUCUCAGGCAUAGCUAUUGAUCUUGCUAGCAAUGACAAUGCCAUUACUGAUGUUACUAUCUUCUCAUCAGCAAUUGGAAUUGUACUUCGGGGUGAGGCUAAUAUAGUCACAGGGGUACAUUGUUACAAUAAGGCAACAUAUUUUGGUGGGGUUGGGAUUUUAGUUAAAGCAUCCCAAAAUAGGAUAGAUAAUUGUUAUCUUGACUAUAACUCUAUAGUCAUUGAGGACCCUUUUUUAGUUCACAUCUCAAAUGGGUAUUUUCUUGGAGAUGGUAACGUUGUCUUGAAAGCGAUUAACGGUCGAAUUUUCGGACUAAAUGUCAUUAACAACAUGUUUAGUGGAAACCCUUCAAAAAUGACACCAAUAUUGAAUUUGGAUGGACAGUUUACUGAUAUUGAUCAAGUUGUGAUUGACCAAAAUAAUGUGAAUGGUAUGAGCUUGAGGUCAACUGCUGGAAAAUUGACUGUUGCUGGAAAUGGAACGAGUUGGGUAGCUGAUUUUUCAUCAGUUCUUGUAUUUCCUAAUAAGAUAAAUCAUGUACAAUACUCAUUUUAUUCUAGAGGAGGGGUUGCUGGAUUUCCUGCACAUGCUGUAACAAAUGUAUCAAGUAAUGUUGUGGUUAUUGAGAGUGAAAAACCAGUUGAUGGAGUGGUGUCAGUUUUUGUCGACCAACAUAAUAUUGUAGGUGAAAGAAACUUUCUCAUGUAAAAAAAUAAAUUAUAUUGGAAAUAUUGUUUUUUGUUGUUAU